UUAAACACAAAAAUGAUGUCAUGUGUUCCUCGACACAACUUGCGCCAUCGUGUGGAGACAUACAGAAUAAUUUAAUAUCACCCUCAGAGACGAAAUUCUUCUGGAUUGAUUGAUCUUGUCUGGCUGGCCCAUUACUGUUCGUCUGUCGAUUACUUCUGGCUUUGUGGAGGGAAGUCUCUUGAUUGAACAUGUCGGCUACAAACCCGUCGCAGCUGCUCCCGCUCGAGCUUGUGGACAAAUGUAUCGGCUCCCGAAUUCACAUCGUCAUGAAAACUGACAAAGAAAUUGUCGGCACCUUGCUGGGCUUCGAUGACUUCGUCAACAUGGUCCUGGAGGAUGUGACAGAAUUUGAAAUAACACCAGAGGGGAGGAGGAUAACCAAGCUCGACCAGAUCCUCCUCAAUGGCAAUAACAUCACCAUGCUCAUCCCCGGUGGAGAAGGACCAGAAGUAUAAAUGCCCGGAGGCCGGUUAACCUUCCUGUGUUGCUGUUCCUGACUUUAUUAUGUAAUUAUUAUUGUUGAUGUCUUGUUUUUUCUUUGGGUUUUUCCUCCUGAUCCUGAAUGAGAAAGAUAUUUUUGUAAUAAGAUUCCUCACUGAUGAGAGGUGCACAUGCCGAAAAGUUUUUCUUUGUUAAAAAUAAAUCUGAGGAUGUCACACAGUCUGAAAAA